UGCCCGGAACGGCGGCGGGAUGGGGUGGGCGCUGCUGCUCGUGGGGCUGCUGCUGGCGCUCUACACGCUGCUCCGGCACGGGCUGCGCGGCGCUCCGCGGCCCCGCGGCCGCCCCGAGCUGCGCGGCCGCACCGCCAUCGUCACCGGGGGAAGCAGCGGCAUCGGCGCGGCCACGGCGCUGGAGCUCGCCCGGUGCGGGGCCCGCGUUAUCCUGGCGACCCGCAGCGCGCGGCGCGGAGAGGCCGCCGCCAGCCGCAUCCGCAGGGAGACAGGGAACAACGAGGUGCUGUUCAUGCACCUGGACCUGGCCAGCCUGCGCUCAGUGAGAGCCUUUGCCAGCACCUUCCUGCGCCAGGAGCCCCAGCUGCACCUCCUCAUCAACAACGCGGGGGUGAGCGCCGGCGGCACGACGGAGGAUGGCUUCAGCCUGGCGUUCCAGGUGAACCACCUGGGCCACUUCCUGCUGACCCAGCUGCUGCUGGAGCGGCUGCGGAGCUGCGCUCCCAGCCGGGUGGUCAUCGUGGCCUCCAGCGCCCACUGCGCCGGCCGCCUGCGCCCCGAGCGCCUGGGCCGGCCGCCCCCGGGGCUCUUCUCCGCCUUCCAGGACUACUGUGACAGCAAGCUGGCCAACGUGCUGCACGCCCGCGAGCUGGCCACGCGCGAGCAGGGCACACAGGUCACCUGCUACGCCGUGCACCCAGGUUUCGUCAACACUUCUCUGUUCCGGCACGCUCCGCCGUGGCUGAAGCCGCUGCUGCUGCCGCUGGCCUGGCUGCUGUUCCUGGAGGCGGCCGAGGGCGCGCGGGCGGUGCUGGCCUGCGCCACGCGGCCCGGCCUCGAGCCCCUCAGCGGCCGCUACUUCACCCAGCGCGGGCCCCGGGCGCCGUGGGCAGCGGGCCGCGACGACCGCCUGGCACGGGCGCUGUGGGACGGCAGCGAGCGCCUGGUGGGGCUGGGGGCGGCCGGGGGACACGGCGGGGGACACGGCGGGGAGGGCCCUGCUGCUGGCACGGCGCAAUAAAGGUGGUGGAGGUGAUGAGGGAGCGCGGGGUGCUCUGUGGGCGUGGGAUGGGGGGAGGCCGGGGCAGCGGUCCUUGCAGGCCCGGCGCGGCCUGAGCGCGCAGCAGAGCUGGCAGGGUGACGGUGAGUGAGUGUGCAAGGGGGUGGGGUGUGCAGAGCGGCACACCUGGCUCUGCACACACACUGCAGGGCACACCCUGCCUUGCACACCCAUGCGGUGUCACACCCAUGCGGUGUCACACACACCCAUGUGGUGUC